AUGUCAGGAAAUCCAGCUUCGCUCAAGGGUAUUAAAACAUCCAUACAUCUCAUCACUCGCUGCCCAGCAGCUCCCCCAACUCUCCCCCAAAGCCACCGUACCCCCGCCCUGCGCGUCGUCCUCCGAAAAUCAUGGACGAAACUCACCGCCGAGCUGGUCGCGCCCGGCGCCGCCACCCCAACCUACGUCGCCACGCUCCCCAAGGCUGGGGGCAUUCUCAUCCUGCACGAUGGGCCCAACGAGACCGACCCGCCGCUCGCGCACGCCCGCGGGGUGGAUGAAGCUCGCCAUGACCAUUGCGAGCCCCGCCGGUGCACCGCCGGGCGUGGGCGGGGAGGAAAGAUCACCAUGCACCACAACGUGGGGAUGAAGGAGACCUUCUCGUUCGCCAUGGAGGUGGGCCACGGCGCGCAUCGACGCGUGGAGUGGUUCGAGUGGCGGCGGUCGCACGGCGACGACGUCCGGAGCGUGGGGCAGGCGAGCUCCGGGUGGAAGCUGAUCCGCCUAGGCGCCGGCGAGGAGGUGGUGGCGGUGUGGGCGGAUAACAAGAAUUGGAUGUCGAUGAGCAAAGUGGGCGAGCUCCAGUUCCGCGGGAACGGGGCGACGGGGAGAUGGGGAUCCGGUGGAGCUUGA